ACCAAGCAGUAUUGCAAAAGGAAAAAAAAAAAAAAACACCAAACGGUGAAGUGACCAAAUGACGAAGUGAUCAACUGACCAAAUGACCAACCGAUCAACUGACCAAAUGACCAACCGAUCAACUGCCAAACGUACGACGCAAAAAAGGGAAGAAGCAAAGCAGAGCAAAGCAAAUUAAUUUAUUAAACCAAAUCGUUAAAGCGAAACAGCCAGCUGGGCCUACCGCCUUUCCCGUCGAAUCAUCCCAGUUUUACCACUCCACGUGGAACUCGCUUUUUUUUCUUUCCUUCCUUUUUUUUCUUUUUUUUUCUUUUUUUUCCCCUGUUACGCAACUCAAACCAUGGAUAAGAUGUUGCCCCACCACAAGUACAGCUACAUCCCCAAGCAAAACAAGAAGCUCAUUUAUGAGUACUUGUUCAAAGAGGGAGUCAUCGUCGUGGAGAAGGACGCCAAGGUCCCGCGACACCCCCACCUGAAUAUCCCCAACCUCCACAUCAUGAUGACGCUCAAGUCCCUCAAGAGCAGGAACUACGUCGACGAGAAGUACAAUUGGAAGCACCAGUAUUUUAUAUUAAAUAACGAGGGCAUCGAAUACCUAAGGGAGUUCCUGCACCUGCCGCCGUCCAUCUUCCCAGCCACCCUCUCGAAGAAGGUGGUCAACCGGGCGCCCAAAAUGGAAGAGGAGUUUUCCAGAGAGCUGAGGCAACCCAUGGGAAGGGGUCGCUCCUACGACAAGAGGGCCUUCGAGUAGGCGGUUUUGCGGCCUGCACUCGCGCGAAGUGGAUUGGCAUCGAGUGUACCGGCAUGAAGUGGAUCAGCAUGAAGUGUAACACCGUGAAGUGUAACACCGUGAAGUGUACCACCGUGAAGUGCACCACCAUGAAGUGCACCCACGUGGAGUGCACCACAUAGGGGUUGCACCGCUCCCCCGUCUGUUUUUUUUUUUUUUUUUCUUUCCCUUAAGUUAUGCCCCGCGUCAGAAACCGCGUGCCCACGGGGGGGACUCCC